GACGUUCCAGGACUUGUCCAAGCAGAUGGACCUAGCCUAUGGAACAGUGAGAGACUCAGCAGUGUACGAGUACUUCAGAGCCAAAGGCACCAACGCUCUGGAGCAGGACAGCACCUUCGCUGAGCUCUGGAGAACCAUCAACAAGAACAACGGACAUGAACACUCAGUCUCCAGCCCCUCUGAAGGCAUCCGCAAGGUGAGCUCAGGGACAGCCAUGUCUGAAUUCAUAGAUUUCAGCAAACUGGAGCCACCUAACAACGUUUUUCCAGAUGAGUGAAAAUGAACGGUAUAUGUUUAAUUCUAAAUCACUCCAGCUAUACAAGGUAAAGUACUAUCAGGACACACACAAAAACAGAACAAUGCAGGGCAUACUAUGAUGUGCAUAGAGAGACAGUUGAAUGGUGUGGCAAUACCCGUAGUGUUCUGCAGAUACUUGGUGUAAUGGUAAAUUAAACCAGAUACUUAGUGAGGUAAAUUGCAUUAUGUCUUUGUGCUUAAAAUGAAAGCAUGUUGGAUGAACAGCAAUCUUAGUUAUACAUUCAAAACGUUACAGAUGUAGUAUCUUAUCUUGAUCACUCUUUUGUUGCUGAGAUUUUUCGUGCACAGCAAACUUGUAGUGGAUUCAAGGUUUAAAAAUACUUCUAAAGUUUGUAAUUUACACUUUAAAAUGCCAGACUUAAUUUGCCCUAACUAAAAAUGUAUCAACCCCUACAAAAAAUGUCCAUUAAUUAUAAUCCACAUAAUAGUUCACAUCACAGGAGGCUGGUGGCACCUUAAUUGGGGAGAACGGGCUCAUGGUAAUGACUGGAGCGGAAUCAGUGGAAUGGUAUCAAAUACAUCAAACACAUGGUUUCCAGGUGUUUGAUGCCAUUCCAUUUACUCCGUUCCGGACAUUAUUAUGAGCUGUUCAGCAGCAUCCACUGGUUCACAUUUCCUGUUGCUGCAGUAUUAUUUUCCUGCUGUAGCAAACUGGCUCAAAUUCAGAUCCUACAUCUGUAUAGCCAUUAAACUGAGAUACUGUUCAGUGCGAAUGGUAAAUGAGAAGAUUUAAAUUAAGAAUCCGAUGGGAAAAUACUUUUUUCUGACUUUCUUUUGGGGUUUCGUUUUCCUUCAGGACCUUGUGCAGUACAACAAAUAUGUGUACGGACAGGCUGCUCAGGGUUUUAUUAUUUAUUUGUGAUGUUAUCUUGGAAUACCUGGGAUUCUUGGAAAAGUGCCAGGAUAAACAGAGCAAAACAAAUUCACACUCAGCAAGAAUUGAAGAGAUUCUGUUGCUGUUCUUGUUAGUCUGGAUAAAUGUAAUGGUCAAGCGAUCCACUUUAUACCCUGACAACGCAGAUGUGCCAUGUUCACUUUGUUCACAUUAGCUAAUGCCACAGUGAACAGCACUGACUGGUUAUGACUGACUGUAAUGGACUUGAAAAUAGACUGUGGUUAAGUUUGUGAUUAAGGCUGGUGAUCAUUGGAUGCAUGUGUGUUUCUGUGUACAUGUCUGUUUUCCCCAUUUGUUUCCGAUCUCCUCUCAAUAUAACCCCUGUGUAUAUCCUUCCCCAGGCGAAGAGAGAUUCCUUUGCCUUCCUGUGGGACAUGGCUGUGGUGGAGUAUGCUGCUCUGACAGAUGAUGACUGCACCCUGACGGUGACCGGCAACAGUAUGAGCAGUAAGGGCUACGGCCUGGCCCUGCAGCACGGCAGCCCCUACAGAGACCUCUUCUCCCAGAAGUGAGUGCCCCCUUCCAGCCAACCCACCCCAACAGCCACUUACAGUAUUUCUGUUGCUGUACUGUAGAUGGGUGGUUCCACAAAUAGAGUGUAUUUUAUGUCCUUGUGACAUUGUGUGUAGUUUUCGAUAAACACUCAAUUUAAGAGUUGGAUUACAUACAUCUACGCUAUAACUAAGCUAAACCAUGUUAGAAAUUCCAAUGGUAGUUUGUUUUCUUUCAAAUAAAGGCUGUGGAUCUGAAGGAAACCGCUCCAUUCUGCCCAUGUCCCGCCCCCCUGGAAGCCUCUUCCCCAGAGCAAAAAAUAUGUAUCAAGUUCUGCGCGUCAUGUUUCUUUAAAUCCGUAUCAUGUUUCUUCACAUUUCUCACUGUCAAUUAUUGUUAAUGACAAUUCUUCAAGUUUUCCGGUGAAACGUCCAUGCAGCAUCUUCAUGCCAACCAUUUGAUUUCAAUCAGUUUCAUGGGAAUAUGCAUUUAGAUCUUCUUGAGUUAUGUAUAGUGUUGUUUCAAAGUACGGUGUUGUUUUAAUUAUGUACAGUGAGCAAAUUUGAGAGCAGAUGGUGUUAACAAACUGUAGAAUAACUGUGUUUUGUUUCAAUCAAAGCACAUAUUUUGCCUAGUGGCGCACUGUUGAGUUUUGUGCGACCAUUCGCACAAUCAUCCUAAAAUCUCAUAAGAAAUGAGGAGGUGUUUGUUUGUCUUACCGUAAUGUUAUACUAUGCUAUUAUAUUCAGUUAUUUUAUGUAGAGGACUAUUAUAUGUGAUCUUACAGAUAUUGAUUCAGCAUUGAGCUAACUUUAUUAAAUGAGUACCACUCUCCAAUCAUCGCUGAAAUCCGCCAGAGUGGUUUGUUCUCUGGGAAGCUGAACAAGUAGAGCAGAUGCUGUGUGUAAAGUAGAGAAUCCCGCAUAAGCUUCAGAUUUUCUGCAAUCAGGAAGAGGGUUCCAAACCGCAGCCACUCCUUUAAACUAAAUUAGUUUGCCAGUUUGUCAUGUCAUGUUUGUCUGACUUCUAGGAAGAUUUUAACCCACUUAACCCCAACAUUUCCCCAAGUUUUAACCAUCAUUGUAAAGCCCUAGUUAUUUUGUUGCUUUAACAAAGUAAUUUCUAAAGAUUAUUAUUUAUUUCAUGUGAUUAAUGAUAAAUGUACAUUUGUCCCUCAGGUUUGAGGUCAACCUGUUUACUUGAACUUAAAGGGAUAGUGCAAGAAUUUGGCAAUUAAGCCCCUUUUCUACAUACCCAGUCAGACGAACUCAAGGAUAAAAUGUGUAUGUUUCUGCUUGCAGUUUGAAGUAAAUUGAAGGUAGUUUCGCGAGCCAUUGCUGACUAGUAUUAGCGCAAUGACUGGAAGUCUACCAGAAAAGCUAGCAUGCUUCUUUAAAAAUAAACAUUGAACAUCUAAUAGUCAAAUCAGGUUAUCAAUCAACCUACCAGGGUAGUUACAAACAGUACAAUAAUGAAAUCAUCAACAUUUAUUGAUCAUAUCUUUACUAAUGCUGUAGAAAUUUGUUUGAAAGCAGUAUCCAAAUCCAUCGGAUGUAGUGAUCACAAUAUAGUACCCAUAUCCAGGAAACCAAAGUUCCAAAGGCUGGGCCUAAUAUUGUGUAUAAGUUUUGUGAUGAUUCCUAUGUUAUUGAUGUGAAGAAUAUUUGUUGGUCUGUGGUGUGUAAUGACGAGAAACCAGACGCUGAACAUGACACAUUUAUGAAAUUGCUUAUCCCAGUUACUAAUAAGCAUGCACCCAUUAAGAAAAUUACUGUUCAAUCCCCAUGGAUUGAUGAGGAAUUGAAAAAUGGUAUGGUUGAGAGGGAUGAGGCAAAAGAGAUGGCAAAUAGGUCUGGCUGUACAACCGAUUGGCUAACGUACUGCAAAUUGAGAAAUCAUGUGACUAAACUGAAUAAAAAGAAGAAGAAACAACACUAUGAAACAAAGAUAAAUGACAUAAAGAAUUAUAGUAAAAAGCUUUGGAGCACCUUAAAUGACAUUUUGGGCAAAAAGGCUUGUAAACUGUCAUGGUCAAAACAUAUUUAUACAAGAGUAGCUAGAAUGGGGAGAAGUCUGUCUAUAAUAAAGCCCUUUCUUAACAGCACUAUCAACAAGGCAGGUCCUACAGGCCCUAGUUUUGUCGCACCUGGACUACUGUUCAGUUGUGUGGUCAGGUGCCACAAAGAGGGAAAAUGCAAUUGGCUCAGAACAGGGCAGCAUGGUUGGCCCUUGGAUGUACACAGAGAGCUAACAUUAAUAAUAUGCAUGUCAAUCUCUCCUGGCUCAAAGUGGAGGAGAGAUUGACUUCAUCACUACUUGUAUUUGUGAGAGGCAUUGACAUGUUGAAAGCACCGAGCUGUCUGUUUGAAUUACUGGCACACAGCUCGGACACCAAUGCAUACCCCAUAAGACAUGCCACCAGAGGUCUCUUCACAGUCCCCAAGUCAAGAACAGACUAUGGGAGGCGCACAGUACUACAUAGAGCCAUGACUACAUGGAACUCUAUUCCACAUCAAGUAACUCAUGCCAGCAGUAAAAUUAGUUUAAAAAAACACACCUUAUGGAACAACAGAGACUGUGAAGCAACACAAACACAUGGAUUUUGUGUUGUAGAUAUUUGGUAGUAGAGUAGAGGCCUGAGGGCACACACUUAAUAUGUUGUGAAAUCUGUAAUUACAUUUACGUCAUUUAGCAGACGCUCUUAUCCAGAGUGACUUACAGGAGCAAUUAGGGUUAAGUGCCUUGCUCAAGAGCACAUCAACAGUUUUUUCACCUAAUCGGCUCGGGGAUUCAAACCAGCAACCUUUCAGUUACUGGCACAACACUCUUAACCACUAAGCUACCUGCCGCCCCAUGUUUUUAAAAUGUAUAACUCCCUUAAUUUUGCUGGACCCCAGGAAGAGUAGCUGCUGCAUUGGCAGGAACUAAUGGGGAUCCAUAAUAAAUACGAAUACAAAUACAAUUAGUGUAAAAGCCGGUGAGCUGGUUCUACUCUUUUUUGCCAUUUUCUGGUGUUUUGUGGUGAAAAACUCACGAGUGCAUUGAGCAUAACACACCAACACUAUUAUCCAUAGAUAGAUAGGCUAGAAAAGUUUUAGCAAGUUCAAUGUUUGUGUUAAGCUUGCAUUCAAUUGCCCCUCCCUGUUGCACACAACAAGCUUCCAUCCUCGCUGUUACAAGGGGAGCUAUGGCUGAUUUAAGAUGAAAUUGCCAACCCUGUUACGGUCAACCCUGUUGCCUUUUAUCAUGUUUUUUUUAUAUACCUCUGGUGAUGGGAAAACAUGUUUUUUAUGAAGUUGAACAUGUGCUCUUUAUGACAGAAUGUUAAAAAUAGGUGAAAUAAAUAUAUUUUUUUGAUAAAAUUACACUAUCCAAAAGGCACUCAUGACACAUGUACUAAAUGGGGAAAACUUGAAUGAUGAUUACUUAUAAGUGUGAAUAUACAGUUUUGUAGCUUAUGUGUGGUGUGUGGUUGUGAAGGGGGAUACAUAAAGAUCCUGUGAGAAGCCAUCACCUUGGGUGGGAGAGAUGCACUGUUUUUGUUAACGUUUCAGCCACUUUGCCAUCAUUCUCUUAUAUCCAUUCUCAUCCAUACUGUAAGAUUACUAAUGGGCUCUCUGUAGUCUUUCAUUAUCAGGCUGGCAGUCAGUCAAAAUUUUCCUGGCCACAUUCUUAGUUUAAAGGACUGUUAUUAAUCUUCUCUUAUGGCCAGUUUGAUAUAACUCGAACAUGGUUUUUAGACUGGGUACAGUAUAGGGUUAGGUUUAGGGCUCUUAUGGUGACCGUAUUACCACCACACCGGAAGUCACAAGUGAUGACCGCAGUCAGAUUCCACUUGACCGUUUAGUCACAGUGACUAGGCUUCUCCAAGCUCUGAUGCUGCUGAUGGUCAUAGUAGGCUACCAAACUUGCUAAUUGCCUGAUACUCAGCACUCUAUUGUCCCACUAAUCACUCUGAAAUCAAUGCAAAUAUGAUCGAAAAUCAAAUCAAACACUUCAUGAGAGCCCAUGAGCUCAUGUUGCACAAUGUUUCUGAUGACCUCUAUUAAAAAGAGGAGGAUCCCAUCAGCUUUAUAUAGGCUAGGCCUACUAUAUUUAUUUCUCAACUUUCUUAAUAUUAAGCACAUUGCUUCGCUUUACAACAGGACUAUAGCCUACCUGGCUAGCAUGAAAAUGAACCACGGGAAAAGCGUCCUUCAUUCACUAUUUAAGUGCAUAGAUGACAUGUCUUUUUUUUCCCUGCCCCUGCCAGAUCACGGCCUAACAUUAAUAUUAAUAAGGACAACUCAGAGUAUGCUAUUCUGUUCUUCUGAAAUAGACUACAUUUUCUUCAUAUUAUGUUUCUUUUGGCAUGUCGAAAAUAAAUUAUGGAUUUAAUGUGAUGGUAGGCUUUUUAAAAUGUAGAUGUUCCAAAGGUCUGCAUUAGUGGCUAAAUGUAUUUAUGUUAAUUAACGGUCAAUCACCGUGAGGCCGGCAGUUAUUUGCUUGACAAUCACAGGCUGAAAAAAUGUCAUGACCGCCACAGCCCUAGGUAGGUUACACAAUAACCUCUCUACAUUGUAAUAUUUUACAUUAAUAAACAUCCGCACUGGGCACACACUGGUUGAAUCAACUUUGUUUUCACGUCAUUUUAAUGAAAUUACGUUGAACCAACGUGCAAUAGACAUUGAAUUGAUGUCUGUGCCCAGUGGGUCUCCUCUACCAGUAAUCUGUCAUUUUCACAACUGAGUCCAAUAUAAUUCACUCUAUUUAAUUUGAUCCUAUCACAAAUGUUUGAAUAGGGAAUUCGCUCUUGCGCGCUACCCACCCUAGUGCUUUCAGUGCAGACACAGAACUAUAAAACUCUUCUAUCUGUGUUUGUCAGGAUUCUGGAGCUGCAGGAAAAAGGGGACCUGGACAUCCUGAAACAGAAGUGGUGGCCCAGGAAGGGCCGAUGUGACCUGGACAGCCACUCAGAGGCCCAGCCAGAGGGCAGGGCUCUGAGGCUCCACAGCUUCGCUGGGGUCUUCUGCAUCCUGGCAGCAGGGCUGCUGCUGGCCUGCCUGGUGGCCGCCCUGGAGACCUGGUGGAGCAGCAACCGCUGCCGGCGUGAGCAGCCCAAAGAGGUGACCGAGAACACAGCCCCGACCCAGAGCCCAGACCCACCGCGGCCCGUCCCCAGGCCCAGGUCGAGACCCAGACCCCCGGGUCCCUGGGUCCUGCCCAGAUUCUGCCACUGCCACACUCUACUUUAUGGAUCCAGGCACAGACACCAGCCCUGAUUUAGUAGAGCUCCAGUAGACACAGUUAUAGGUGUGCCCUAACAAUAGUCCAAAUUGAUGUGAUCGUUUCAUCUUGUCUUUGGGUGGGAGAGAAGUGGGUUUGGGUGGUUUGUUUGAAGCUCUUCUUCUCUCCAGUUUUUUUGUAUUUCAAAAGUGCCUUGGAGGGAUCAUUCAGAAAUGUAAACAUGCAAUUAAUUGCUUGUUUUUGCUUGUUUCUGCUGAAAAGUACAAAUUCAUUAUCAUUAUCAUUAUCAUGGAUGGCAAUAAUGAUUAGCGCAAAAAAUAUGAAUAAUGACAACAAGUAUGUUGGUCAACUGAUUCAACAGCGUUGUACUUCUGGGUAGAUAUGUGCUGCCUCAGUCGUGCAAAUGCUCCCUUUAGCUCAUCCAUUCAAGUCUUACUGCUUUCAAAUAACUUUAUCACAACACGUGCAAGAAACUGAGCAGCCUCUGUGGAUGUGGCGUCCAGAGAUCAAAGGCUUGGCAUGGAUCCCUAAACUAAAGUGUGAGCAAACGAGAUGCUAGCAUUGACCUGUCUGUUUGAUUGGACGAUACAAUAAUGCAAUAAGAUAAACAUUUUUAAAAAGCACUUAAUGUAAGGAUAUUGUCAUGAAUAUAGAGCAUUAGAUUAUAGAGUGAUGACCUAAACGGUCCCACUUUAUUUGAAGUGCAUCUUAUGAAGGCUUCACAAAGCAUUCAUAUAGGCUUUAUAAGCACUACUACAUAAAUGGGUCACAAAUCAUUUAUAACCGUAUUUCAUGCUCUAUAAAGGAUUAAUAAAUGUGAACAAAUAAAUUGAUGGGUGUGUCACACAAUUAUAAAUUAUGCCACAUUAUGAAAAGCAAUAUACUUACCUUGGCAUCAAAGUGUGGAUGUUCAGUCAUUACGAGCAUGUUAUAUGGUUAUCGAUGAUUUGCAAAGCAUCUACAGUAUGUAGUGCUUAUGAAGCCUAUAUGAAGGCUUUAAAACGGGACCUUUAAACAUUACCCAUUUAAUAUCCGAUAGUGUAAUACUCCAUUAUAAAUGUGUCAUUGGAUGUCAUAACCUAUCAUGACCUUCAAUGGCAGGUGUUCUUACACUCUUAUGACAGCUACAGCAUAUGCAGGCAAUAUGACAACAAUUUCCAGUAAAUUGUGCCCCGGUACAUAAUAAUCCCUGGUCAUUCUACUGAGUGACGUCUUAUUGCAAUUAUAUGUCAAUGUCCAGAUACACAGCCAUGCUGGUUAUUUACGUACUGUAUGAUUGUGUGAUCCCCGUGCAGGUCACUAAGGACUACAGUCUGGAAAGGGUUUUUGGUCCAUUGACAUAUAAUGACAUUACAAGUGCUUCACCGGAAGGCAGGCGUGACAUGUGGACAGACAGAGAGAGAGACUGGGAGGAGGCAGAGACUUUUGACACAGGUCAGGAGAGACCUGAGAUAUACGGGGCACUGUAUGGGGUUGGGGAAGUGGGGGGUCAGAUAGGGUUGGGGGGGCAUGGGCGAUGAGUAGGAGUAGAUAUGUAUCGCUUCACCGGUCAUCUCACUCCAUGGUCUCUCCUGUUGUUUGGCAUUUUGUCUUUGCGUUAUGAUUUAAACAUCAUUGGAAAUGUUGGAACAAUGAGAGGAAGGAGAAGCAGCCAAGAGGCCAUACGUUUGGCUGUGUUUUUCUGUGCAGUAGAUUUUUCUGCGCACUCUCUUACCCAUAACAUUUAUUUUGGCACUUUUGGCUGCUUCUCACCUCCAAAUUGCAACUUUUGGAGUAGUGAAUGAUGAAAAAUACAGUGAGACUUUCAACAAAUUAUUUAUUCAAAUGAUUGUAGGUCUUUGUCUCCUACAUUUUGUCUAUCUUGUCGCAUAAAGUGUGAUGCAUUGACAUUGUAUGCCCAUCUGAACCAGUCAUUUUAUAAAUAUGCUCUUCAUGCAGUAGUGUGCUGCAUAGAUACAUGCAUUUCAAGAAAGGCAUUCUACUGAAUGAAGACACAUCUUGGUAAUAGUUAAUUUGAAAUGUGGAGACAAGUUUAGAAAUUACACAUUCAAUCAUUUUGUUUUAUGUUGUACCAUUAUGCCUUAAUUUUGCGGCUUAGCUUGUGGUUGUAGCAUAGUGUUGACGUGGGUUUGACGUUAGUGUUCCUGGAAUAAUAUUGAUUUGAAGUAAUUCAACAUUCAAGUUCCAUAUUAUUCAAAUUGGAAAUGUAGUGUCAACAAUGUGGAUAAUUAACCAUGUUGUUAAAUCGAACCAUGUCUGAUCACAGCUUCUUUCUUUCUCAAUCCCUAUUUUUCUGCCUUUUUCACUUUUCUUGCACUUCUCCUCCCUUACAACCUAUGUCUGUGUAUCUCUCUCCCUCUCUCCCUCUCCCCCUCUCUCUCUCUCUCUAUCUAGGACAAAGAGGUGAAUCUAGAGCAGGUACACCAGCGUUUGAACAGCCUCCUGGACGAGGACAUGGCGCACAAGCAGCUGCCGGGCCAAUCUAUCGAGAUCUCUGCCCUGGACAUCGGCAGCAUGCAGCCCAGCCAGUCCCUGGAAGGCCUGCCUUCACGGGACCACUACCCGAUCAACCACAGGGGGUCGCUCUCUGUGACCACCUUCCUCCAGGAGGGACAUGGGGCAGGAAGGACACUCGGCAGGGGCUCUGGCAGAACCCUCCCCCUACCCCUCAGCAGCGCCACCAUGCCCUCUAUCCGCUGCAAACACAGGGCGCCCAACGGGGGGCUCUUCCGACAGAGCCCCAUCAAGAUGCCAAUGUCAUAC